AAUGGAGAGAUUGCUCGGCAUUUUACUUUUAUUAACUAGUCUACAAGUAACCGCUCAAAAUACCAAAAACGCAAAUAUUUCGGAAAUGACUGAAUUCAUCAAAUAUUUAGAUCAAGCUAAAUACGAUAAUCGAGUUCGACCCAAUAUCGAUACAGGUAUACCAGUCAGGGUUGAAAUGAAUUUUUUCGUAAACACCAUAAGUACUCUGAGCGAAGUCCAUAUGGAAUAUACUAUAAACAUAUAUAUGAGGCAAAAAUGGACUGAUCCUAGAUUGCAGCAUAAUUUUUCAACAAUCACUCUAAGUCAUCAAUACGGUGAUAAACUUUGGGUACCUGAUUUAUUCUUCAAGAAUGAAAAGCAAGCAACUUUUCAUGAUAUUGCAGUUCCCAAUAGACUUAUCACAAUAACUUCGGAUGGGACAGUAUUGUACAGUCAAAGAUUAUCACUGACGUUAUCCUGCAAUAUGUACCUCGGAAGAUUUCCGCUCGACGUUCAGCGUUGUCCGCUCUAUUUGGAAAGCUACGGCUAUACAACGAAAGAUUUGCAAUUUUAUUGGAGAGAAGAGGAUCCUAUUCAGCUUAAUAAAGAUAUAAAACUACCCGAAUUCGAUCUGACAAAGUCGGAACUUGGCAAUUGCACAGUUGCUUAUAUAACUGGAGCAUUUACUUGUGUUAACGCUACGUUCACUUUGGAAAGACAAUUUACAUACUACCUCAUACAAACUUAUAUUCCAUCUAUGCUCGUCGUUUUCCUUUCCUGGGUUUCUUUCUGGAUUGAUAGGCACGCCGUUCCAGCACGAAUAACUUUAGGCCUAUUAACUGUCUUAACGAUUAGUACUCAGAGUUCCAGCUCGUCCGAAAGAUUACCAAAGGUCUCUUACGUGAAAGCACUUGAUAUUUGGCAAGUUACCUGCUUAAUCUUCGUCUUUGGAGCAUUAAUAGAAUAUUCCAUUGUAAACGUUCUCAGUAGGAGAGAAUACAAUACUUACGUCAGGAAGAAGGGUCAUGAUCAAGAGAAUCACCUUCGAAUUCCACAGCUAGCCGUUGCAGCUUUAAAACUAUCAGCCUAUCCGAUUUUCCAGCGUUUUUUAGAUAAGGAGGCUGGAGAACCUAAAAGCGAAGAUGAUUCUCAAGUAAUCAAUACAGCUAGCGCUAACGGUGCUCAUCGGCCUGAUAAUGUAGAGAUACCUAAUGGCGAAAGACGCCCAAGUGCUACGCCCUCUGCAGUUUUCAGGUGAAAAUAUAUUAGAAAAUUACAAACAGCUAGCCAACUAUAAAUGCCAUUGAAUUUUAUCAACAGGCCAUCAAGGUUUCAAAGAUUAAAGCACGAUAAAGCCUUAAUGGUCGACGUUCUCUCAAGAAUAUUCUUUCCAUUAUUAUUUGCCAGCUUUAAUUUAUUAUACUGGUUAAUUGUGUUUUUUGUUAUGUAAUUAAUGAAAUAUAAACAGUUGGAAAAAACAAAUUAGUAUAUAAAAAAUGAAACAAUACAACGUAUAUGCUAUAUUAUUUAUGUACAAUAUAUCAUCUAGUGUACUUUUCCGA